AUGAGACAAGCAAAUCCAAUUCAUGUAUUAAAAGGUCAUUCUCAUUGGAUUAAUGGUAUUAGUACAUCUACUGAAUAUGUACUUAGACAAGGUGGUUAUGAUCCAUUAGAAAAAGACAAAGGAAUUGAUGGAGCAAAAAAAAGAUUAGAUAAAAUAAUGGGAUGUGGUGGUGGUGAACGUUUAGUUUCUGCAAGUGAUGAUGGAACUUUAUAUAUGUGGAUGCCAUUACAAUCACAAAAACCAGUCCACAGACUUGUUGGACAUUCAAGUCAAGUUAUGUCAUGUAAAUUCUCCCCUGAUAGUAGAAUUAUAGCAAGUACUGGAUGUGAUAAAAAUAUGAGAAUUUGGGAUGGAUUUACUGGGUCUUGUUUACAUACAUAUAGAGGACAUGUUCAAACAAUUUAUGGAUGUGCAUGGUCUCCAGACAGUAGAAUGCUUGUAAGUGCAAGCAAAGAUAGUACAGUCAAAUUAUGGAAUGUUGUUCCAGGAUGUCGUAAAUUAAUGACAAAUUUACCAGGUCAUUUAGAUGAAGUUUUUUCUAUUGAUUGGUCACUUGAUGGUAGUUCUGUGGCAACAGCCUCGUAUGAUCAUACUAUUAAAAUCUGGAGAUAUUAA